CCCUCGCCACUCCUACCGCCAAGCCAUGCACCUCCGACAAUUUGCUUACCGUCCUUUGGCCGGCGGCCAGCCCUCCGGGGGUCAGCUCGUCGGGGGCGGGAAUGUCUUCUACGCACCCAGCAUCCACGGGGGUUCCGGCGGCCGCGGCGUGUCCGUGUCCUCCGUCCGCUUAAAGUCCUCGUUCGCCGGGGGCUACGGUGGGGGCUACGGCGGGGGCUACCGCGGGGACUACAGCAGCAACUUUGCGGGCGACCUGGCCGUGACCGAUGGCCUCUUCUCCUGCAAUGAGAAGCUCGCCAUGCAGAACCUCAACGACCGGCUGGCCUCCUACCUGGACAAGGUGCGCGCCCUGGAGAAGGCCAACACUGACCUGGAGGUGAAGAUCCGCGACUGGUACGAGAAGCAGGGGCUCGGUCCCGCCCGCGACUACAGCCACUACUUCAAGACCAUCGAGGACCUGCGGGGCAAGAUUCGUGGUGCCACCAUUGAGAACUCCCAGGUUGUCCUGCAGAUUGACAAUGCCCGUCUGGCUGCGAAUGACUUCCGAAUCAAAUUUGAGACUGAGCAGGGCCUGCGGGUGAGUGUGGAGGCGGACAUCAACACCCUGCGCAGGAACCUGGAUGAUCUGACCCUGGCCAAGACCGACCUGGAGAUGCAGAUCGAAGGACUGAAGGAGGAGCUAGCCUACCUGAAGAAGAACUAUGAGGAGGAAAUCAGUGCCCUGAAGGGCCAGUUGGGUGGCCAGAUCAAUGUGAAGGUGGAUUCUGCUCCAGCUAAUGACCUUGCCAAGAUCCUGAGUGACAUGAGAAGCCAAUAUGAGAUCAUGGCUGAGAAAAACCGAAAGGAUGCUGAAGACCAGUUCAACAUGCAGAUGGAGGAGUUGAAUAAGGAGGUGGCCAGCCACACGGAGAGGCUGCAGUUGAGCAAGACAGAGGUCACUGAAGUGCGACGUACCCUCCAGGGUCUGGAGAUCGAGCUGCAGUCUCAGCUAAGCAUGAAAGCCGCCCUGGAAAGCACGCUGGCGGAAACAGAGGCCCGCUUUCAAGCCCAGCUGGCCCAGAUCCAGACUCUGAUCAAGAGCAUAGAAGCCCAGCUGAGCAAGGUGCGUGCAGACACUGAGCGGCAGAACCAGGAGUACCAGCAGCUCAUGGACAUCAAGUCGCUGCUGGAGCAGGAGAUCGCCACCUACCGCAGCCUGCUGGAGGGCCAGGACGCCCACUACAACAACCUGUCCACCCACAAGUCUCUCUGAGUCCAGCAGCCUCCUGGGCUUCCUGCUCUCCUGCACAGAGGUUCCCCUGGGGAGGGGCUUGGGAAGGGAGGGGAGGGCCCCCCUCCUCCCACCUCCCCCAGCCCUUUCCCUGACCUGCUAAUAAAGCUUUAUGGCCCAAGGGA